AUGGAUCACCGCGGAAAUUGGCGAUCUCAGGGCAAUACGAGCAACCGAGGAGGAUCCAACAGCUUCAGAAAGCGCAAUCAGCCGGAAACACGCUGUAUGCAUUUCCAGCGUGGCAGAUGCCACUACGUCAAAUCCAGCCCUGCCCUAUACCAUCCCACAGCCGAUGAUCUGGACGUUCGGAAUCAAUACUUCGACUGGAAGAGGCUUCUUAGAAAUGGGAUCUUGGGGUCUGGAUAUUCGCGAAGGGAACAUGAGGAGAUCGUUCAAUUCUGGAACGGGGCUCUCGAAAUUCUUGAAAGCGACAGCAGAGAGAAUCACCAAUUUCUCGCCAAAGAUCUUGUGGAUGACAAUCUUCAUGGAUAUGCAUUUAUCCUGGCAACUGCGGAUGCAGACCACCCAGAGGGAAUGAGACCUAUUCCAGCUUACGACGAGCCAUUUCUCAAAGUCAUUACCCAUACUUCUCUCUUGAACUGUCUUUCUGUCGAUUCAUUUGUUGGCACUCUGUACACAUCCUUCAGUGGCACGAAUGGAGAUCGAGCAAUCAGAUAUCUGAAAAGUAUAUGCGCGAACCUGAUGGGUAAAGGUAAAGACACCAACGAAAAUGCACCGGUCAUCUCUUUGGAUAUGGUGAAGUUGCUGUUGAAUACCCUUUACCAGCUUUUAUCAAGGGUCCGACGCGCUCGACUUCACGAUGAACUUCCCGCACUGCUCGACCUAAUCCGCGAACUGGGCUCCAAGAUGACUGAAACAUGCUCGCAAGCCGACCUUGACGGACUUGAAACCAGAAUAGAAGUCAUGCAGAGCCUAAUCACUAGCGCAAAUCGCAAUCUUGUUACACCCAAAGCGCAUCAGGAAAAUCCCCAGAAGACUGGGUUAGUCCUGUCGUCCUUUCCAAUGGAUAUGCAAAUACCCGGAGGAAGACACGACAACGACCUUGCAGAAAUCUCUCAAGUUCAGAUUCUUCCUACCCAUGGAGAGAUUGUCAGCGGCAAUUCAGAAUAUCUACCAUCUACCAACUUCCUUCAGCCGCACUUUCUCGCCGACCCUUUGCAAAGAUACAUUGACUCAACAUUCCGGCUCCUGCGCCAUGAUAUCUUCGGCUCAGCCAAAGAUGUUCUUCGAGAUUUGCUGCAGCAGAAGGAUUUGACACGAGUUCCUUAUCUCUCAGGCAAGGAUAGCGGGGCACAUCUCUAUCUGGGAGCACAGGUCCAGCAAAUGUUUAUCAAUGAGCGAAAAGAGCUCCAAGCGACCGUAUCGUUUUCUACUCCACCACCACUCCGCAAAAAGACCUCCAAUGAGCAAUGCAGGUGGUGGCAAGCCUCCAGUCGACUAGAGGAAGGAAGCCUAGUGUGCUUCUUGACGUCUCAAGGAACUCUCAGAAGGCUUAUUUUCCUCGAGGUCACUGUGAAGAAUGCUUCCAAGGACCGAGCGCACCAGAACAAGAGUAGUCUUGCUUCUGAUAGGUUUCCACCUAGUAUUACGGUCAAGCUUGCGGCAUACCUACAACAAGAACUGAUUUUCCUGGGCCAGCUUUACAGUGAGAAGCUCACCGGUAUUCUGGUCGACUUCCACGGUUUGAUCCCUGCCACGUUCGUCCCUAUCCUGAAAAACCUUCAGCGAAUCCAACGCGAAGGGGAGUUGGCAUUUCAAAAAUGGGUCUUGCCAGGCCGUAAGGAUGAUGAAGACGGUCACAGCAUACCCCCACCGACAUACGCACGCAAACCAGGAUUUAUCUUUCCCCUGACUUCGAUCACAAACGUCGGAGCUGCUAAUGUUGCAUUGGACCCGAGUACCCCUGAGUCUAUUGACAUCUUGAAGCUGCAAAGUCGAACUGGUCUCGACCACGGCCAGUGUCACGGACUUAUCGCUGCUCUCACUCGAGAAUAUGCCCUCAUCCAAGGCCCGCCGGGCACCGGAAAGUCCUAUUUGGGUGUUAAGCUUCUUCAAGCUCUCCUUGAAAUCAAGGAAAAGGCAAAGCUAGGCCCGAUUAUUGUGAUUUGCUAUACCAACCAUGCCUUGGACCAAUUCUUAAAGCAUCUUCUUGAUGUUGGUAUCCAGAAAAUCAUACGCAUUGGCGGCCGCAGUCAGGCCACUGAGCUUGAAGGCAAGAACCUUCGCGUUGUCAGCAAAGACAUUGGGAAGACGAGAGUAGAGUCGCAAACCCUCGGCAUCUCCUACGGGGGACUUGAGGAUUGUAUGAAAAAUGCUGGAUAUGCAAUGAAGCCCCUACACCAGUCUCAAAAAGGCCUGUCUUGGACCGCGAUGGAGCAUUUUUUGCGCCGCAAAUGGCCCAUUAUACAUGAACAGCUGGAGCAACCUGACCUGGACGGAUUCACCACUGUCACUGAUGACAAGUUACUCAAUUGGAUUGGAGUCAAAUCGAUGAUAACCCAGAAAGACCAGAACGAGGGUGAAGUUGACGAUUUCCGCUUGGAAGGUCUCACACGCGCGGCCAAGGAAAAUAUCCACAGUCUCUCGAUGCCGGAACGCCGGAUCCUUGCAAUGAGCUGGUUUAAACAGUGGCAGGAAAUCGAAACAGCCUCCCUUUUCGAGGCUCUUGAUCGCGCUGAAAAUCUUCGCGAGGACAUUAAUGCAGUCCAUGAAGAGGUCAACCGCCGAGCCCUGAUUCAAGCAGAUGUGGUAGGAAUCACGACAACAGCCCUUGCACGCCAUAUCGAGACACUGCGCCGCAUAGGAGCAAAGGUCAUUAUAUGCGAGGAAGCAGCUGAGGUGAUGGAAGCCCACGUCAUGUCAGCCCUCAUGCCAGGUGUUGAGCACUUCAUUCAGAUUGGGGAUCACCGACAGCUGCGGCCACAAAUUCAAAAUCAUUCACUCAGUCUUGAAACAUCCACAGGGAAAUCAUGGCAGCUAGACAGAAGCCAGUUUGAGAGACGCGCUGUCGGUGAGCCAGGUCUUAAGCCUGCCCCUGUCGCACAGCUCAAUGUACAGCGAAGAAUGAGACCUGAGAUCUCGCAACUUAUCAAGAGUGUCUAUCCAAAACUCGAGGAUCAUGAAAGCGUGACGACUCUACCCAAUGUUGUUGGAAUGCGGAACAACCUAUUUUGGCUGGACCAUAAAUGCGAUGAAGACUCGGAAGAUGACGGCAGCCGUGUAAAGUCUCAUAGCAACCAGUGGGAGGUCGAUAUGGCUACUGCACUUGUUCGGCAUCUUGUUCGGCAGGGAGAGUACAAAAGCGCGGAUAUUGCCCUCUUGACCCCCUAUACCGGGCAGCUGCGGAAGCUCAGGACAUCGCUCAGCAAUGAGUUCGAGAUUUGUCUCAGUGAGCGAGACUUGGAAACAUUGGCCGUAGAUGGGUUCGAGAAGGUUGAAGAUGAAAAUCCCGAGUCAAAUGGCGAGGAGGCAAAGGUGAUCAUUGUCUCCCUAGUUCGCAGCAACUCAAAGCGCAAGGUUGGCUUCCUACGCACCGAAAACCGCAUCAACGUGCUCCUCAGUCGAGCUCAGCACGGCAUGUAUCUCAUUGGAAAUGCCGAAACAUACCUCAAUGUCCCAAUGUGGGCCGAUGUCCACUCUCAGCUCUCCCGUGCGAAUGCAGUCGGCACGGAGUUGGCUCUCUGUUGUCCUCGCCACUCAGACACGUCUAUUCUCUGUUCCGAACCUCACGACUUUGAUAGGAAGAGUCCUGAAGGUGGGUGCAGUCUCCCGUGUAGCCGUCGACUCGAGCCAUGUGGCCAUCAAUGCCAGGCCAAGUGCCAUUCGGCGGUCAUGCACGACGGUUUUGCAUGUGGAAAACCUUGCCCACGUAUCCGAUCAACCUGUGAGCACGAAUGUCCCAAGCUUUGUGGUGAAGAUUGUGGCCAUUGCAUAAAGAAGAUCCAAGACGUGGAGCUUCCUUGUGGUCAUAUCAAGAAGACAAUAUUUUGCCACCAGAUGCUUAACUUGAAAGUUCUUAAGUGCGACGUCGAGGUUGAAAAGACUGUUCCUAAGUGUGGUCAUACGAUCCGGGUUGGCUGUUUCAAGGAUGUCACGUCCCCAAUCUUCAAUUGCCCUGAGCCAUGCACAGACAUUCUCAGCUGUGGACACAAUUGUAGUGAUUGCUGCGGAAACUGUCUCGAGGAAGUCCAUGACGGAAGAAGAAUAUUGAAGCACUCGAAGUGCACGAAAAAGUGCGACCGUCCACACGGUGCUUGCAACCAUCGGUGUCCCAAGACAUGUCAUAAUGGGGAGAGCUGCGGUUACUGCGAGGCAAAUUGCGAGGUUCGAUGCUCACACUCAGCAUGCGACUUAACCUGUGGAAAGGCAUGUGCACCAUGCAUCGAGAGAUGCACCUGGUCCUGCACUCACCAAGGCUCCUGCUCAAUGCCUUGCGCGGCACCAUGCAAUCGACUUCCUUGCGAUGAGCGAUGCACCAAGGUUCUCAAAUGUGGUCAUCAGUGCCCGAGCCUCUGCGGGGAAGAUUGUCCAAACAAUCUGUGUCAAGAGUGCGGCGACAAGGAAGAUUCCCGUGUUGACUUCCUCGAAUGGAAAACCUAUUCCCAAAUCAAUCUCGAUGAAACUCCAAUAAUCGUGCUUGGAUGCGCCCAUUUCUUUACGAGUGAAUCGGUUGAUGGAUUGGUUGGCUUAAAUGAAGUAUACACGAGAGAUAAAGAUGGAAAAUUCGACGGCCUCCAAGAUGUCUCUUCUCUUGCCAGUGCCAUACCCUCGUGCCCGGACUGUAAGCAGCCCAUUUGCCAGUUUGUGACGAAACGUUACAAUCGCGCUAUCAACCGUGCUGUUAUGGAUGAGACUUGUAAGCGGUUCCUUACCAAGGGCCGCACCGACCUUGAAGGCCUUGAAUCCCGUCUGAAUGACAUUGAAGACAAGCUCAACUCUGAAAAAGCAAUAUUGUUCGCAGGGAACGCUAAAUUACAGCUCAAAGCACGAUAUGCGGCCUGUGAGCGCCUUGAGACGGAGGCUUCGGCUCUCAGCAAAACCAUGGAGGCCGAGAAUCAGCCGAUGGAACGGCUCAUGGAUGCAAUUGCCAUCUACCAGAAGUUACCAAGGAACGAACUAGCCUCCCUCUCAUCCCGAAUGGAGGCGAUGAGUAUAGCAACACGAGAGCCCGACAAUCAAAUCACCCUGGGCGCACGGUUAAUAUACAUCAGGGCCCGGGCAGUCGUGUUUAGCGAUAUCUUUAGAGUGAUAGAUUCAAGCGGAAAAUCUGCAACACCACCAGGGCUAAGAUUCACCAAGCCAUCAUCAACCUUGACUCAAGUGUUAAAAGAUUGUCGAGACUUGAUAACUAAAGCCAAUGAAAGAAAUCUCUCCCGCAUCGCCAUCACGGCAACCAUCUCAUUCGCCAAGAUCGCCCAGCUGGACGCGUGGUAUCACCGCACUCAUCCAGGAGAAACAACAAUUGAUCUUCUUCAAGAAAAAUACACGGGUCUAGAGAAGCUCGAAGAUCGCACUGAAAUUACCCGCGAUCUCCUUGCCGUUGCUUUGAAACUAUGCGACGAACUAGGAAACUGCCCUGAACUUCAAGAAAAGGUCCAGGAGAUGAUCCACCUCUACGAGGGAUCACGGUACGAGACAGUAACUUUAGAAGAACUUGAAUCAAUCAAGACGGCCAUGGUCAGCGGGCGAGGAGGAAUCGCGACUCACUCUGGGCACUGGUACAAUUGCGUCAAUGGACACCCGUUUGCUAUUGGAGAGUGCGGUAUGCCGAUGGAGCAAGCUAGAUGUCCUGAAUGCGGAGCACCUAUUGGAGGUCAAAAUCACACAGCUGUUGAGGGCGUAUCUCGAGCGCGGGAGAUGGAGUAG